AUGAGCGACCUAGACGAUGGCUCUUUCAUGUUCACCUCAGAGUCUGUGGGAGAGGGACAUCCAGACAAAAUCUGUGACCAGAUCAGCGAUGCUGUCCUGGACGCUCACCUGAAGCAGGACCCAGACGCCAAAGUGGCUUGUGAGACUGUGUGUAAGACUGGCAUGGUGCUGCUCUGUGGGGAGAUCACGUCCCGCGCUGUGGUGGACUACCAGAGAGUUGUGAGGGACACUAUCAAACACAUCGGCUACGACAACUCCGAUAAAGGGUUUGACUACAAGACGUGUAACGUGCUGGUGGCCUUGGAGCAGCAGAGUCCGGACAUCGCACAGGGAGUGCACGUGGACAGACGGGAGGAGGACAUUGGAGCAGGAGACCAGGGUCUCAUGUUUGGAUACGCCACAGAUGAGACUGAGGAGUGCAUGCCCCUCACAAUCAUUCUCGCUCACAAACUAAAUGAGAAAAUGGCUGACCUCCGGAGAGACGGGAUCAUCACGUGGCUUCGGCCGGACUCCAAAACACAGGUGACCGUGCACUACGAGCAGAAGGACGGAGCCGUGAUUCCCAAAAGAGUCCACACUAUCGUCGUCUCUGUGCAGCACGACGACCACAUCUCCCUGGAGGAGCAGAAGAGGGUGCUCAAGGAAAAGGUCAUCAAGGCUGUUGUGCCUGCCAAAUAUCUGGAUGAGAAGACCAUCUACCACCUGCAGCCCAGUGGGCGCUUUGUCAUCGGCGGACCUCAGGGUGAUGCUGGAGUGACAGGCAGAAAGAUCAUCGUGGACACAUAUGGAGGCUGGGGCGCUCACGGAGGAGGAGCUUUCUCUGGCAAAGACUUCUCCAAAGUGGACCGCUCUGCAGCGUACGCGGCUCGCUGGGUGGCAAAGUCUCUGGUGAAAGCCGGGUUGUGCCGGAGAGUCCUAGUCCAGGUGUCGUAUGCCAUCGGAGUGGCACACCCUCUCUCCAUCUCCAUCUUUACAUACGGCUCUUCAAAGAAGUCUGAGGCAGAGCUGCUGCACAUUGUCAACGAUAACUUUGACCUGAGGCCCGGUGUCAUCGUCAGGGAGCUGAACCUGAAGAGGCCCAUCUAUCAGAAGACAGCAGCCUACGGUCACUUCGGUCGCUCUGAGUUCAGCUGGGAAGAGCCCAAGAAACUACGCUACUAA